GCUGCUUACUAAGUGCCUACCCUUUGCGUUCAGACUGCUGGUAACACGAGACACUUUCGCUUCAGAAUCUACGAGAGAUAUUUCGAAGUCAGAGAUAAAAAAAUGCCAACCAAUGGGAUACACCAAAUUCUGAAGAUCCAGUUCGGCUUGAUCAAUUGCGAUAACAAGUAUCUGACGGCAGAAGCUUUUGGCUUCAAAGUUUACGCUUCUGCUCCAAGCUUGAAGAAAAAGCAGAUAUGGACUUUAGAGCAGGAUGAGGUGGACAGCUCGGUGGUCUACCUCAAAAGCCACCACCUGGCAAGAUAUCUGUCUGCUGACAAAGAUGGGAAUGUGUCGUGUGAGGCUGAAAAGCCCGAGGGAGAUUGCCGAUUUACCAUAACUGCCCAGUCUGAUGGCAGGUGGGCCCUCCAGUCUGACGUGUAUAAGAGAUUCUUCGGAGGUCUGGAAGACAAAUUGUCAUGUUUUGCCCAAACCAUCACAGAGCCGGAGCUCUGGGCUGUUCAUUUGGCCAUCCACCCACAAGCUAACCUACUUAGCGUCAGCAGGAGAAGGUACGCACACUUGAGCCCUCAAGAAGAUGAAAUAUCUACAGACAGUAAUAUACCAUGGGGUGUAGACUCGCUCAUCACCCUGGUGUAUCAGGAUAAAAAGUACUGCUUGAAAACUUGUGACAACCGGUACCUACGUAACGAUGGAAAGCUAGUUAAAGAUCCUGAUAAUGGCACAGGCUACACUUUGGAGUUUAAGGCAGGGAAGUUGGCUUUCAAAGAUUGUAGUGGGAAGUACCUGACACCCAUGGGGCCUACAGGAACAUUAAAAUCUGGGCGGAGCUCCAAACCUGGCAAAGACGAACUCUUCGAUCUUGAGGAAAGUCAUCCACAGGUUGUCUUUAGGGCAUCCAAUAAAAGAUACAUCUCGAUCAGACAAGGUAUAAAUGUCUCUGCCAACCAAGAUGAGGAGACAGACUAUGAAACCUUCCAAAUGCAGAUCAAUAAGGAAACCAAGACGUGCAGUUUCCACACCAAUUCUGGCAAGUAUUGGACCCUUGUGAGUCACGGUGGGAUCCAGUCGACCGCCACUGAAAUAGCUGCCAACACAAUGUUUGAGAUUGAAUGGAGAGGCCGGAGAGUCGCACUGAAAACCAGUAAUGGGAAGUAUAUCUGUACCAAGAAGAACGGGCAGCUGGCAGCCGUGUCCGACUCAGUUGGUGAAGAUGAAGAGUUCACACUCAAGCUGAUCAACCGACCAAUUCUGGUCCUACGCGGAGAUCUGGGAUUUGUCUGCUACCAUAAAACCUCAAAUACUCUGGAUGCGAAUCGCUCAUCAUACGACGUCUUCCAGAUCAUCUUUAAUAAUGGAGCAUACCAAAUUAAAGGUCAGGGCGGUAAGUUCUGGUACAUCUCUAGCAAUGGCACAAUCUGCUCAGAUGGAGACAUGUCCGAGGAUUUCUUCUUCGAGUUUCGAGAAUAUAAUCGUGUGGCCAUUAAAGGCAAAAAUGGCAAAUAUCUACGUGGGGACCAGGCAGGAACCUUAAAGGCAGAUGCAGAAUCUGUGAUUGCUGCCACCCUCUGGGAAUACUGAUUCACCAGACACCACAGCUUAGGUCUAGAGGACAUUAGAUGGUCUGAUUUGAGGACAAGGGUCAUGGACUGGCACAUAGAGAGGUGAGCAGUGAGCCAAAUGGUGACCAACUUCUAAUGUGUGGCUCACAGAGUCCCAUGGACACAAUGGCCCUCCACAGACAACCUCCCACUAGGAUCAUGGGAUAUGCAUGUAUUUAUCAAAAUAUCAAUUUAUAAUAAUUAGCAUAGUUUUAGAUAUGUAAAUUAGCUACUAUGUGUCGGCACAUCAUGAUCUGAGGGGACUAAAAGUAGAAAGACAGACCGGCACUGGAUACCUGCAGCAAUUACAUACUGUGUUAUUAUGCAGCAUGGUCACCACUGCAGACCCACGAGGGGUUAAUAGCACCCUGGCCUGAACAGAAUGCAUAGCCCAUAGCUCAGACCAAGCGGCCCUCCUUCUGGAGAAUGGGGAGGGUGCUUUUUUAUACUGUUUUUAAAUGAGGUACUGCUGCAUUCACUCACAAAAACCAAUAAAGGUGAAU